AUGGCCGCGCGGAAUCAGGCGGCCGCGAGUGCUUAUGGGCUCGCGGCCCACCCGACUUAUGACGAUUCGGCCUCAACUUCAGCGGCCAAUUCACCCGCCGAAUCCGUCGAUAAUGAACAGUUACGGAAGGCUUUAGCUGACGUAGGUUUAAAAUUUUUGAAAUUUGGUAUGAAGUUUAGAAAAGUCGUGGAUUUGGGAUUUUUCCUCCCUAAUUUGAAGAAAAAAUCGAUUUUUCGGUCGAUUUUUUUAGAACUUCAAAAAAUUAUAGAAUUUGUUUAUGUUUAGGUAACAUUUUGAGGAAAAGAUUUUUAAGAAAAAAAUCAUUUUUUCAAAUUUUAGGUACCAUUUUGAAAAAAUUUUAUUUUUUUUUAAAGUUUAGGUAACAUAUUAAUUAAUAAAUCAAUUUUUCUUACAUUUUAGACAACGUUCCGACUAAAAAUUCAAUUUUUUCUAAUUUUGGGUAACAUUUCUAAAAAAAAUAAUUUUUUUUAAAUUUUAAGUAACAUUUUGAAGAAAAAAUUGAUUUUUUCUAAUUUUAGGCAACAUAUCGAUCAAAAAAUAAUUUUUUCUAAUUUUAGAUAACAUUUCGAAUGAAUAAUCGAUUUUUUCUAAUUUUAGGUAACAUUUUGAAAAAAAGUCUCUUUUGUUUCGUUCAACAAAAUUAAAAAACUGCCAAAAUAUUGCCUUUUAAAAAUAAAGAGCUCAAAAAGAUGCCUUGAGGCCUCUUUUUCCUAAAUUUUACUUCCAAAAACAUAAUGUUUAUCUUCAAAACAACUUGAAAAGGGAAAAGCAAGAGCUUUUUGAUAAUAAGAUUUGGUCUGGUCAUAAAAUCCAUAGCUUUCCUCGAAGAAAAAAGGCGAAAUUUUAUAUCUUGUUUACAUUUUUUUUAUCAUCUUUGUUAUGGUCAAAGUUUUAAAGUAAAGUUUUUUUCUAUAGGAAGUGGUAAUAAUGUAGUAGGGUUUUUAUUAGGAUACCUACAUUGGCCCCAGGGCAUGGAUUUUGGGACAAUUUUUAGGUCGGCUUGGUUAAUGACCACAGUUUUUAGACCACCCUUUUUAUAUGAGUUGGCUAUGGCUAAAUUGUAAAGUCGGGUAGGGUAUCGAAAUGGUAAGGCGCUUGUAUGGCUAGGAAAAAACUUUUAGAAGGGUAAGACAUCGGGUAGUAUAAGCUAGAGUAGAACAUAUCUUAAAAUGGCUUUUCCUACUCUUGCCAUAGCCAAACCUUGCCAUAACUAAGCAAUAGCCUUACCAUAUCGCAGCCUUAGUCGUCCCAUGGUAUGGUAGAGGGUGGGUAGGGUCAAUUUGGUCAUGAUGAGUCGGGAAGGGUAGUGAGAAUUGACAAUUCAACCCAAGCCUUACCCAUACUCUGCUAUUGCCUUACCCUGUACUUAACUUAUUUCUACCCUGCCCCCUCUAUACCCUAAUUCACCCUACCCAACCUGACUCUACUGUUUUUGUCCUACCCUACCCAACUCUACUGCUCUAGUCUACAUUGUUUGCUUUACCUUAACCUACUAUACCUUACCAUAUCGUACUCUACCCUACCCUGCCCAACUUCCUACCAUACCCUUUCACAUACGUAGCUCUAGAACGGCCCUGCCGUGCCGUUCCAAAAACCCAUCGCCCAAAGCCCUUUGUUUACUAUCAAGUGUGUCAAUCGUCCUUCGAUGACACGCCGCACCGUGUUCUUUCGCCUGUUUCCAUCAAUCAGAACUAUGUUACGGUUUUGCACGCAUUUUUUGAAUCAGCUCGGCAUAAGUGGCGCAUUAAUUAAGUCCCCCUUUCUCGGAUUUUCUUAUAGGCAUGCGCUCUUGAAUUGAAUCUCAUCUUGGGCGUUCGCUUUUCGAGGGGGGAAUGAUGGAUGGGGUGAUGGAUAAAUGAACUUGGUUUAGCUAAAUUUUUGGAAUUUUACAGGCUUCAAUCAUUUUUAAGAUAAUGUAUAGCUAGGCUAGGGUAAUGUUUGUAUAUAGCCAGGCUUGACUAUGACAAGAGCUUGGCUAUGGCAAGAGCUUGGCUAUGGCAAGAGCUUGGCUAUGGCAGGAGCUUGGCUAUGACAAAAGCUUGGCUAUGGCAGGAGCUUGGCUAUGACAAAAGCUUGGCUAUGGCAGGAGCUUGGCUUAGGGCUUGGCUUACGGCAAGGCUAGGGCUUGGCUAUUAAUGUUUUAACCACAAAAUUCAAAGUUCAGUUCGUACGCCAAUUCCAAAAGGUUAAUUCGAUGAAAAACCUUGUAUUUUGAUGCCUAAAGUUCAAAAAAACCAAAAUAUUGACGUACCUAAUGCACCUUUAUAUAACUUUUUUCUCUAAAUCAAUUUUCAUUUAUAUUACCCUGCCUUGAAAAAACUCUUAAUUUAUAUUAUUCCCCCCGUCAAAAACACAUUAAAAACUGUAAAAUGGUUAAGUAAAAGCGGAUUAGAACGGGUGGAAACUAACUAGACCGCAAAUUAACUGUAAAUUCGAGGCGAAACAGAAGGCCCUUCCUUUUGUAACGCUCAGACAAACGAGGGUUGUUUUACUUUGCUAUGUUAAUAUUGGGUAUUGAGUCGAUUUUUGGGUAAAAAUUUUAUUUUUUAUUCGAUUUUUGGAUAAAAACUGCUUUUUCUGUCGAUUUUUUAUGAAACAUUGCCGUUUUCUUUAAGUAAACUCAUUGUUUCGUCGAGUUAACUGUCAUUAUUUAAAGUAUAUUGAUCUCAAAUUCAUCGUUAAUUUGCAGCAAACCUAAUUUAUUUAAUUUGACGUCUAUUAUGAACAAUAAUAACAUGCUAUAGCGGCUUGAAUGGAUCCAAUUAGCGAGAAGAACGCUUUGGACUUUAUGACCAAACGCACGGUGAACUUUUAACCUGAAUAUUAGGGGUUUUGAUACCUAAACAGGUUCAAAAUUAGAGUUUAGCUGUUGAAUUGCUUCACAAUUUCAAUUUGCUACCUAAAAUUUAAAAUUUAAUUGAUUGUUACCUAAAUUUAAACUUUUUUAAAAUUGUUACCUAAAAACUUAAAUCUUUUCAAAACACCUCCUAAAACUCAAAACCUAUCCUUCAGUAAUAAGUUAUACUAACUAUUAAUCCAUUUCAGAAAGACCAAGAACUAGAAUACGUCGCGAUUCUUGGCAAUUCCCUUCUCGAACAGAACCGUGAGCUACAGGAACGGUAAGCGCACGGUAAUGUGUUAAUGUGCGAGUUUUUAGAAACGAGUUCCUUGAAGAGUCCCUAACUGCCAGUAAUGACUGUAUUCAACAGCUCAAACAUCAAUUACAACAGCGAAGCGAUCUACUCGAAGCAUAUUCUGAGUAUGAUGAACAACGACGGAAUUCGCCGACGGAUAAGUAAGUUAUUUGAGGUUGUAAACAUGAAAUUAGAUAUAAAAAUACUGUAUCAGCCCUCAACGCAAAAUAUUUUUCAAGUAGCAUUGUUAUAAUUUUGAUCAUUUCUUAGUAAACGGAAGUUUGCGUUUGGCCAUGAAUAACAUCCCUAAUAUCAAAUAUUUUCCACUUUCCUAUUUAUGUUAGACAGCCAAAAUUGAUCACAAAAUGUUCUCAAUGCCUUGAUAAAGCUCUACUAAGAAUAUCAGAAGCUGUAGAAGAGCAGAACUUAUAGAAAUAUUAAGUUAAGUUAUCAGCGACAAUAGAUCACGUUUAAGAUCAGAUAACUUGAAUGCCUUUCAUCCACUUGACCAGAAAUUCACCCUAAACAUUCAAAAAAAACAAAGAAAAGAUACAAACCGUUAUUUCAGAUACAAUCCUGCAUUUGUCGAACGUCUACAAGCACGGGUAAAGAAGUUGGAAGACGAGAAUGAAGUGCUCAAAUGCGAAACCAGCCGUCUGAACACAGCCGCCGUGGAAUUGGAAGAUCGGACUGAAGACCGGGUCAAAGACUACUUGGAUCAGCUAGAACGAGCUAAUUACAAGGUAAAUUUCACAAAAUUUAACUGCAAAUCUUUUAAAAAUAACGAAAAGCCAUGAAAAGACUUAGUGUAAAUAUUGAUUUUGAAGUAAUUUAUAGUUUUAGAAGUUUUUGUGUGUUUAAUGCCAUUUUUUGUGUAAAUCCAAGUUUCUUUAAGUAAUUUAAAACUACCAGAUUGAAAUUUAAUAACUUUAAAGCUAAUUUAUAUCGUUUUAGAUCAGUCGACUUCAAAAACAGCUCAAGGACAAGACGAACGAAUGUGCCGAGCAAGAUCAAAAGAUUCAACACUUCUUGAAAGAGAUUUCCAGUCGAAAAAAGAACGAAAAACGACUGGAUGAAGAGAAUAUGGAUUUGAGAGAAGAGCUGACCGAUGCUAUACGAACUCACGAAGAAUUGAAGCUCGAGGUGGAGCAGCUCAGCGAACGUUAUGUUGAGGUAGCUGGUCUUUUGACGGAGACCAAGGAUGAGUUGAGCAUUCUGAAAAGCAAGCAAAUGUAAGGGAUUUUAAAGGUUUUUAGAAGGUUUUAGGUUAAUUUUUAUUGGUAUUGAUUAUGGUUUAGUUGAUUUUUGAGGUCAUGAAUAAGGUUAUAUUGAGGUAGAUUAUAAAAUGAAAUAAUUUGAUUGUGAUUGAUGUAAAUGUUCUUAAAUUGAUUGGAAUUAAUGUAAAUGCUUUUGAAAGUUGAUAAAAAGGCUUGAAGACUAAUUUUCUUAUUUACAGAGGCAGUUGGGGCUCAUUGUACGAUUCCUUGGCCAGCGAGCUCGAAGCUUCAGAUUCCGGCUUCUACAACACUCCGAUGAUUUCAGCUCGGUCUGAUUCACAAACCUCAACAAAUGACUCUUAUGGUCCAAUCUCUCUACAACAAGAGUUCGAUCGGUUGGAGCCGAUUGCUGAGCAACCAUGUUGUUCUACGGCCACGGUAGCCGAGAAUCUGUCGUUUGAGAAGAAGACUACAGGCGAGUCUUCUGAUGAAGGUUUCUCCUAUUACGACAUGCCUUCUAAAGCUGUGUUAUACGCUGUGCGUAGAUCGAUCAGUACGGAACGGAGAAGGCGGAAAAGUCCAUCACAUACGCCGUUCUCAACUCCAAAUGAGAGUAUCGAUGAUGGUGAAGAUAAAAGAAGGCCGAAUACGCUACAGUUGUGUUCACAUCCAUCUAUUGGGUAUUUGGAACCUGUAGCGGAGCAAACACCGUUGAAUGACGAUGGAAAUUUAGAGAUUCAGAAGGCUAAAGGGCUAUUAGUUGGUCAAAAUGGUGGUUUGGUGGCUAAAACGAUUGAUUCUGAAGCUAAAGUUGAUGAAAUUUUGCAAAACCAGGUGUUAUUUGAUGAAGAAAAGACUGUAGAAGAUGUUAAAGGCAUUGAGAUUCCGGUACCAUCACUAAAAUUGGCAGAAUCUUCUUCACCAUCAAAGACCUACCGCAAUCAGUCGUGUUCUCCAAUUCAUUUUGAUAAAAUUGAUCCGCCCAAAGAUCCAAACCCGCCAGAUGAGCCAACACCACGUCCACAGACCUGUCUACCUUAUUCUGGAGCCACAUCGUAUAUGCCGAAUUCGGAAACAUCGAAUCAGGCUUCAGAUUCUAGCAUAAUGUCAGAUGAUGAGGAUGCCAACGAUGAGGUGAAGAUGUUAACUGGAGUUGAUACCAAGGCCAUCAAGAGGGAGAUGAUGAGACAGGCGGCUUUGAAUGAAGCUGGAAUCUCAGAAGAUGGAGAUGGAAGGAUUCUGGAAGGUGACGAUGCGAAAAGGGAUUCAGAAGGCAAUGUUUUGGGGCUUGAACCUGAGGGUUUGGUGCUACAAUCUGGCGUUUUUGGUCAAGAAGAAGGUGUUUCUGGCCCAGAAUCAGGCGUGCUACGAUCCACCGACAUUGGUCGUUCUUCAUCAACUAUCUGGAAGUCAGAAUCUACUCUAAGAAGGCCCUCGUACGUGUCAUUAGCUACAAAAACCAAAGACACGACAGAUGCUAACUCAAAAGAAGAAGACGAUGACGAUCUGACUCCACGAACUCUCGAGCUCUUGAACAACUACAAAGGUCCAAGACUAGGCGAGCCAGGCCGACCAGGUACCAAAGACCUCGAGUUCAGUCUGAAGCGGAUGGAAGUCAGGAGAAAGGUAAAGAACACGCCUAACCACUCGCUUUGUGUUGUCGCUGUAAGUGUUUCAGCGUGGUGUUUGUUGCUAUAUUAACAAAUUUGAAUAUUGUCCCGUGUGCUGUGGUUGUGUGGAUUAAAAAUGUUGGUUUUUAGGUAAUAAAAGGGGUAGAAAGCUUGAAAAAUUGAGGUAAAAGUCCGUUUUUUAGGUAUAAAUGGGUGGAAAAUGGGGAUAUAAGAAUGUGUUUAGGUAUUAAAAGGGUUAAAAAGGCUGGAAAAUGAUAGUAAAAGGCUAUUUUAGGUAUAAAAAGGCUGAAAACAUGAAACAUUGAGCUGUAAAAGGCUGUGUUAGAUAGGAUAAGAUGGUAAAAUCAGAAAAAAUAGGGGGAAUAAGCAGAUUUUUAGGUGUAAAAGGGCUGACAACAUGAAAAAAUAGGAAAAUGUGAGUGUUUAGGUAUAAACAGAUAUAGAAAAAUGAAAAAAGGACAAUAAAAAUGAUAAUUUUAAGCCUAAAAGUUAGGUUUUUGGAGAAAAAACCAGAGUUUCAGGCUAAAAUUCGCCUGUUUUUCUCAUUUUUCGGACGUUGUUAUACCUAAAAUUAAAUUUGAAGUGACAAUAAUAUGUUUUUUGGAUACCCUGUCGUGCUUCUAUUACGCUUAAAUUCGAUAAUAUUGCACCUCUACGCACUUUGCUAACAAGUCUUCUAAAAAGCACUAACAAUAACAUUUUUCAAAUUUUAACUUUUGAUAACGAAUGCUAUGAUAAGCAUAUGGGUUUUAGAAAAUGGAUGGAGUAAUGCAUUGGCAGGGUAAAUAAAUUAAAAUGGAAUUAGGAUCUUUUUGGAAAAUUGGAGAUUUCGAAAAAUCAACAGGGGGGACCAAGUAAAAUAUUUUUGAAAUUUUUUUUUCGAAAAUUGGGUUUUAAUUGUCAUUGUUAGCACUACUAUUUCAACUCAACUUACUUUUUUAGCACUGAAUUGUAAUUUUUUUAAUUCAAAAUUUUUUCAAAAAAAAAAUUUUGAAAAAAUCAAGUUCAAUACUUUUCGAAAAAAAACUUUUUUUUUGAAAAAAAGAGGUUAAAUUUGUGUUUUUAUUAGUAAUUUUAACAAUAUAUCAAAGGGUUUGCAAGAAAAUGUGGUUUUGUUUUGACAGAAUUCUGAAUUUUCAAAAAAAAAUUGAAAAAAUCGAUCAACAGAGGGGGGGGACCAAUUUCAAUAUUUUUCAAAAAAGUUUUUUUUUCGAAAAAGGGGAUUUGAUUUGCCAUUUUCAAACAGAUACUUCAAUGUUCUUUUAGAAUUUUUUUGAAAAAGUCAAUUUUGUUUUGGCAGAAUUGAAUUUUUUUCAAAAAUUCAUAAAAAAGUCAACAGGGGGGGGACCAAUUUCAAUAUUUCUCAAAUUAUUUUUUUAAAGACCCCCUUUCCACACAAUUCUAACCACGCCUGCCAUUGUAUUUUAUGUGAUUUUGGUUGUUGUUGCAUUUCACGUGGACGUCUUUGUGUUUUUAGCCCGCCGACGGCCGGAACGUUUGGCCGCGCCGCUCGCGUACCCAUUCAGCACCGUGCUGCAUCGAAGUGGACCUGCUUCGCAAUUGUAUCCGGAUUGAGAAGGGAGCCGGCCUGGGCCUGAAUCAGUUCAUUCGGCAUGGAAAUGACAGGUAUCGUAUUCCGUUCGUUCUGCUCACACUAAUCCGCGCCACCAGGACAUUGCACUUGCUCGGCAUUCUGACUGCACACUAGCUUUUUCACUUUUCAUAUUCACUUUGGGAAACUUUUGCCUGUUAUUCUACUAAAGAAGACGUAUAUUAAUGUUAGAUCACAAUAUGAUAACAUUACGAUGCUUAUCACACCCGUUAUUUACCAAACAAUAGACCUAAUACCUACUACGAUAUAACCCAAGGACCAAAUAACAUUUUUUGAAAAAGAUGGUCUUAUUUUGUACAAAAAGACUUACUUUAUUAUUUUCUAUUGCUACAUAACAUUUUUCUUUGGCUGAACGGAAGAUAUGACAAGUUACAGUACGAAGUUUGAAAUUUUUGAAAUUUUGCCGCUUUUAUCCCCUGAAAUGUCAAAUCUUAUGUGUUGUGAGUGAAAGUUGUAUCAAAGUACACAAAAAAUGUAUUUUAUGGCGUUUUGUUACCUAAAAUUUCAAUUUGUUUGUUUUUAAAGCGUAAAAAAAGUUCUGUCGUUUUUUACCGUGCAAGUCAAUGUAAUUUGACGACAAAACUUUUUUAAGGCCCCUAGAGGAGGCUGAAAUUUUAAACAAUAGAUUUUUAGUUGGUUUGUUACCUAAAUUUUCAUUUUUUUUUGUUUUUAAAGCGCUAAAAAAGUCUUGUCGUUUUUUAUCGUUGAAACUACUCUAAAUUGACGACAAAACUUUUCUAAAGCCCUUUAGUUUGAGCCAAGGUUAAAAAACGUAAGCUAAUCUUAGAGUUACUAGUCCAGACUACUGUAUUUUUCCCAUUUUCCCCCAAAAAUAGCACCGUGCACCAGUGUAUCGUUUGUUUCCCAUGUUGUUUUAGUGUCUGUACCCUAUAUUUUAUGAAAUUAUUGUGCGCAUUGUCCUGUGGAUCAUUUUUGUUUUAUCAUUUGUGCUAGAAAAGUUGUUAGUUUCGGUCAAAAACUUUGUAGAAUAGAGUUUUAAAGAGAAAAAGCUGUGUUUUCAUCGGUUUUUUGGCCAAAAAAUGAUGAUUUUGGUCUUAAAAGGUCAUUUUAGGAUGUAUUUUGAAAGAUUUUCACAAACUAUGAGGUUUCUACAAACUUUUUGACUAAACUAAAUCAAAAAAUUUGAAUAAUGAAUGUCGAAAUUUCAGAUUGAAGACGAGUACGAACGGUUUCGGCAACGUCGAGGUCUGGGACCAUCAAAGGCACUGUUCUGUACCAUUCGCCAUGUGGAAAAGGUACCAUUUUGUCUGGAAAUUUAAUUUUUGACAAUUUUCAUCUAGGCUAUGUUUUUAAAAAAUAAAUUUUUAAAAAUUUAAAAAUUUAAAAAUUUUUUUUUUCAAAAAUUAAAUUUUCAAACGAAAAAUAGCCUAGGAUUGAAGUUUAAGCCAAAAAACCCUUAGGGCAUUUACCAAAAACUCAAUUUCAAACUCAAAUUUCGGCUCAAAAUUGAGUUUUUAAAAAUUCGGCCUAAGGCAUAAUAAAUGACGUCUAAAAAUUUCAGUCGAAACUCUACGGCCCUACUACUCAGCCUGGUACCGUGGCAGAUCCUACUGGUCGUGUGGAACUGGUGGGCCAACCAACAUCACCUCUUACCCACCCCCAAAACCCCCGCCAACGAGGACUGGAUCCAGCAGGUGUAUUGGUGGGUAACCCUGCCCUAGGCUACGGCAACUGGAUCUCGAUUGGAGCAGCGAAUGCCAAGUUGACUCAAAAUUCGAUAAGAAACUCGAAUUUCAUACCUAAUUCAAUACCUACAACAACAUCGGCCCAUAACUUCAGUCAAUAUGAUUAUUUGGGUGAGGCCAUGAAUAAUAUCCAAAGCAGAGCCCAAAACCCACGCCCAAUCACCAAAAGCUACUCGUUUGGACUGCUCAGUCGAAUGCCCGGGCCACAAAUGUCUCGGCUAGGCCUGGAUGGAGCGGUCUUGGCCAAUGAAAAGGAUGGAAUAGCUAAUAAAGCGGCCGAACAUGGAGUUGAGCUAAGGCGAAGGACCUUCAGUCCGGAUGCCAAACUUUGUGAUCAAUCUCUACAUGGUUUGGUAGAUCGACCAGUCGAUCAUAAUGCCAAUCCAGAUGGUUUCGAGCCCAUUGCUAGCCAAAAUUCAAGACCAAUCACCCUCGAAACCCUUAAUUCGAUGGGUCUAACCAACAAAAAACAACGCCCAACAAGCUGGAUCGGCCCAGAAAGCUGGAUACCCACCGCCAAUCCCGCUAACUGGUUAGCCUCUUUCUUUACAGGAUCGGAAAGCCCAAAACAACAAGCUCAUCACAAUGGAAAUGGCCAAAAACAGCAUCAAAAACCAUCCGAAGUCAAUAUCUCGAACAGGAAACCAUCGGAAAUCCAGCCUCCUCCAGCCAAUCCCAUCCCACCGACCGGUCGCAAAUCCAAAGAUUUCACAUCAACAGGCCUUCUACUAUCUACAAGCCAAAAAUUAGUCCAGUCUGAAGUUAGGAAUCAAGAAAAAAUGGCAAAAAUUCCCACUUCGAAGCCGAAUUUCGCCGGUUUCGCGAUGCCAACGAUAAACAACUCGAUUCUGGAUCGUAGCGCUUUGCUACGGAAUCGGCCUGGAUAA